AUGUCGCAACAAUUAGCACUACCCCGCGUCUUUGGACGAAGACUGGCGGCUGUCCUCAAGACAAGGACUGUCAGCUUGAGACCCGCGCAGAGGAGAUGGAUUACUCCUGCGCCCAAGGCUGGUGAUGGGCCCUUGAUGUCGAGGAGGGCAGAUAGAGAGCUUCCAGAUGUCGCUGAUAUUACUUUCCGCUGGCGCCGAACCUUCCCCAUCUUCCUCGUCAUCGUGGCCGCUUCGUCUGUCGCCAUCUUCAACUACCAAAAGAUGUCGUCCCCCGUCGUCUCAUCAACCCUCUACGCUCUGCGCACCAAUGCCGAGGCCCGCGCUCUUCUCGGAGACGAGAUCUACUUCCGACGUCAGAUCCCCUGGAUCCACGGUGAGAUGAACCAGCUGCACGGCCGCAUCGACAUUUGGUUCUCUGUGCGCGGUACCAAGGGCGAGGGCGUUAUGCGCUUCGCUAGCAACAGACCUACCAGCAAGGGAUUCUUCUCGACUACGGAGUGGAGUCUCACUAUGGAGGAUGGUACGAGGUUGGAUCUUCUGGAUAGUGGUGAUCCCUUCAAAGCGCUCACGGGAGCAAAUGCGGUUGAAGACCUACCUCCUGUGGACGAGGAUGCUCCUACAAGAGGAUUCCGAAAGCAGGUUGAAUACAAGUGA